AUGACUUUUAAGGUGCAGCCGUCUCGGAUAUCAAGAGUAAGAAGAUUCGCAACUUACCGUGACCCCAACAGACCAUACCUCGGACGCAUGAGAAACACCCUGUCCUUUCCAGACUUCAGGGGCACGGCAAGGCAAAGACUGGAGGCGGUGCUUCGUGUAUCCCUCGUCCAUCACUUUCCCAUCCUGAUGCGUCAGACAUCGUGUUUCCAUUAA